GUAAGACUGGUGUCACUUUCACUUAAAGGCGUUGUCUGGCUGCUUCAACAGUUCUGCAGAGAUGGCAAAAACUUUGCUCGCUUUCCUGGCCCUGCUGACAAUCCAAUACGCAUUUGCAGGAUCGAUCAGCUUCAAAUGGUGUGCCUUGCCGAAAGAAAAGGCUAAGUGUUUGGACUUCAUAAAAUAUGCUAACAUUACUGCACGAAAUGUAAGUCUGGAAGUGGCUGUUGAGUGUGUCCAUGCAAACACCCAUGAAGAAUGCAUAACAAAGAUCAAGAGUGGCCAAGCUGACCUGGUCACACUAGAUGGCGGGGAUUUGUACGAAGCAGGUAAGGACGACAAUCUCGUGCCCAUCGUUGGUGAGCAGUAUGGAGAGUACGGAGUGAAGUAUUACGGAGUUGCUGUGGUGAAAAAGAACAAUAAAGGCUUCACCUUGAAGACCCUCAAAGGAAGGACGUCCUGCCACACUGGAGCACGAAGAACUGCUGGCUGGAAUGUACCGGUGGGAUAUCUACUCCGCACAGGAAUAAUGGCAAAAAUGCCGUGUAAGGGAGGAGGAAAGAACUACGAUUUGAAGGCAGCGUCCAAGUUCUUCUCGGAGAGCUGUGUACCGGGGGCUAAUGCUUUGUUGGAGGAUGAAGCCUCCAAAUACAAGAACCUAUGCGAACUCUGUGCUGGUACAGGUACAGACAAAUGCACGAAAGACUCGAGCAAGAAUAGGUACGUAGGCUACCAUGGAGCGUUCAAGUGUAUGGGAGACGGAAAGGGCGACGUGGCCUUUGUGAAGCACACAACUACACAAGAGGUGGUAGACGAUGGAGGAUAUGGAAAAGUGGAUGAUUAUGAGUACCUAUGCAGAAACGGAACUAGAAUAAGCGUUGCUGGCAAAGCCCAUGAAAGUUGCAAUCUUGGCAAUAAUCCCGGGCAUGCAGUGGUCACAAGAAAAGACAACACCAACAUCGACGACAUCAUUAAGAUUUUAACAACCAUGAGCGACAGAUACGGUAGCAAUCAGAAAGAUUGGAACAAUUUCCAGCUGUUCAACUCCACAAGGUACUCCACGUACGGGAAUGUCUCCAAUUUGCUUUUCAAAGAUUCCACCACAGAGCUGAAGGCUAUUCCAACCGAGAAGCGAAACUACGAUGAUUACCUUGGUAAAGAUUACGGCCAAAACCGUGAGGCAAUGACGUCAUGCAAUGGUACAUCCACUACUACUACUACCAUAGCCGCGCCGACUUCCAUUUCGUGCACAGUCGCUCCAAUCAUCGAGCUUGUGCUGCUUGGCGCUGCUCAGCACUUUUUGUAGAAUGAGAAAACGAAACCUGGCGCAUCUCAUGUGUAUGUGUCAGUUGUUAGAUUAGUUGAUUAGAGAUACCUACAUUGUGGAUCUGCUUAGCUGUUUUACUGCCUAAUGCGCGGGCUUUCCAUAGUACAAAUAAAGUGUGUGGGAGUGUUACAAAUGAAUAGAAUUUUUCAGGUAAAACAAUCGACGUUUUGAAUACUGGUUCUUCAUUAGGCUGACUAUCUGAGUAAAUAGUCCCUCAUGACCGGUACUUCCGACCACGUCACGCCAUGCUCUUUCGGAGAAGCGUUGCGUGACCUUCCAAUGGGACUUCCAAAUGGCAGAGCUGUGCGUAAUUCGUCUUAUUUCAAUCAGGUUCACUAUGUUUUGCUCCCUCGUAUUGCAUUGAGUCUGCAAUGCGUAGAUGACAUAUUGAAUUAGGAUACACAGCAGGAUACAUUUCAAAGAGUAAUGAAGGGCCAGGUUGAAAAUAAUGGAAGAUAGAGGGAUAGAAAUGUGUUUUUAUUGUAAGCAAAAGCUGUAGCCGAGAGCCUUGAGUGAAAAGGAGUAACGAGUCCGUCGCAGGAAUUGAUAAAACGCAGCUAAACUUAUUGUUAAACGUAGUGGCUAUGCUUCUAAAGAAAAGUAGAAAAAUAAAAAUCAUUUAUGUA